GUGAGAUUGUGUCCGUUGCCAUCAGCAGCAGGUAGCAGGCCAGGUGGAGAGCCGCCUGACCCCGAUCCCUGGAGCCGGCAGUGGUGGCAGCGCGGGAGCAAGCCCGGCUGCGCAGUGCUGCAGGGAGAACUGGCACGGCCGGAGGCGUGAGCUCAGGUUGCGCGUUGUACAGAAAUGAGUGGCGCUGUGGGAGCCUGACGAGUUUCCCACUUUCGGCAGUCGGGGCGUAUUAAAGGGGAGCAUCGGGGCUCGCUGCUCAUCCCAGCCGUGUCGCUGCCGCCUCAGCAUGGCUGGGCCAGGGGGUGACAGGGACCUGCGGCACCUGCUGAAGCUGCACCGCACUGAGAUCGCCAUGGCGGUGGACGACGUCUUCCCGCUGCUGCAUGGCCUUGCCGACCACGAUGUCGUCCCCGAGCACGUCUUCAAGGAGACGCUGAGCCAGACGGAGCGAGAGGGCUCCCACCGCGCCUUCCACGCCCUGCUCACCUGGCUCCUGGGCCGCGAUGUCACCGCCGUCCGCGACUUCUGGGCAGUCCUCUUCAAGGACUACAACCUGGAGCGCUACACCCGGCUGCGGGCCCUCCACAGCGCCUUCCCCAAAGAGGUGGACCUUGGGCGGCAGCGCCGCAGCCGGCGCCUGUCCCCCAGCCCCAUGGCACCGGUCCCACACAGACCCCAAGGCAAGAGAAAAGCCCCUGAGGAGCAGGAUGGGGCCCGCAUGGCACAGCCCUCGCCACGGCACGCUGCCAGCCCCGGGCCCCUGGCAAAGGCAAAGACCGUGAAGAAGCCAGAGAGUGUGGAUGCCACACACUCACCCCGUACCAGCAGCAGUGCCAAGGCGGGCAGCAGAGCUGGGGACGAGCUUUACGACCCAGCUGCUGGUGAGGAGCCCGGGGCCAGGAGCAGGAGCCGCAGCCUGAAACCCGUUGCCCGACCCAGGGCGCCCCAAAGCAGCGGGGGGCUGCGAGCGACACCCCAGGGCUGUCUGCCGGUGCCCACCAUGCACAGCCAGGACCCCAUGCCCCAGCAGGAGAAUGAGGACGAGUGCGCAGCGUGCGGUGACGGUGGAGAGCUCAUCUGCUGCGAUGGCUGCCCCCGGGCUUUCCACCUUGCCUGUCUGGUGCCCCCGCUGCCCCGCGUCCCCAGCGGGACGUGGCAGUGCGGCUCAUGUGCGGUCAAGCCGGGCCAGCUGCGGGAGGCAGAUGAGGUUGCAGAGCAGCCCCCUGCGAUCCCCGGGGAGGAAGAACGUGGUGCACACAUGGGCAGAGGCAAUGGGAGUGUCUGCAGCCGCUGCUUCACCAGGAUCCCUACACCCCAACACUGCCCUGCACUCAACGGGAACCCUGGGGGGCUGCUGCUUUGCAGUUCCUGCGGGGGCACCCCAGAAAUGGGCAGCGUGGGGAGCACCGCAGUUGCUGGAGACCACGUGCAUCAGGCAGCAAAGGUCAACACGACCCAUCCUCCGCAGGCAGAGUGUGGCUCCUCCGGCAGUGACCCCGUGUUGAGCAGAGAUGAGCUCGACGCCCUCCUGGGCGAGGGCGCCUGGGACGGGAUCCUGCAGUGGGCUUUCCAGAGCAUGGCACGGCCCCUCGCAGACACCCAUGGGCUCUUCGUGUAG